AUGACGGAGCCGCGCAUGCGCAUGCGCCAAAAAGGCCAACAGUUCGACACGCGUGACCUCGAGGCCUAUUUGAUUGCGUUUGGCGACGACCGCAACCCGCUCCCCGAAACCGUCCGCGUCUUGGACGAGAUCAUCACCGACUUCAUCAUCGAGACAUGUCACGAAGCCGCUCUCUGCGCGUCCUACUCCCGCCGCGCCAAGAUCAAGGUUGACGACUUCAAGUUCAUCCUGCGCAAGGAUCCGGUCAAGCUUGGCCGAGUGACGGAAUUGCUGAACAAGGAGAAAGAGAUCAAGUCGCAGCGGAAGGUGUUCGCCGUCGAUGACGAGCAGAUUGGCAAGGACGAAACACACAAGGAAGAGGCAAAAAAAGGCAAGCGCAAGGACGAGCGCAAGGACGAGCGCAGGGACGAGCGCAGGGACGAGCGCCCUGCGAAGAAGGCGAGAAGCACGCGGGACUGA